CCAAAAAAUGAAAAUAAAAAGAUAUCUGAAGAGUCAAGACCCGAUCCACCAAUGGGUCUUGCCCAACUAUAAAAAGGCCCUAUAGUAGGGUUUUCUAAUUGUGACUUCCCUAAUAAUCCUUAAAUGGCGCCGCUGGAAGCUCUUUUCAAUGCCAAAUUCCGUAUACUCUUGUUUUGGGCCAUUAAUUUUCUCGAAGAUGAAGCAAGUGACGAGCUCUUCAUAUUUAGAUUGCAAAGGUACUACAAGUACGGAUCCGACACCUCUUCUCAAAUGGUGACGUCAAAAUUUCGGCGACCAAUUUUCAUUGAAAAUUGUCAAAAUCCGGUGACUCGACUAAGUAAAUUGACCCAGCUUCAAUCAGGUGCACUCAAUCCAUCUCAUCUA